GUUUGUCGUUCGAUGUAAACGCUCGCAAAUUCGUACUACAAUCGGGACAAUGAGGACGUCUCGAACGCGCGAAAACGCGCGAGCAAUUUCGCCGGUAAAUAACUAGCGCGAGCGCGCACUGAACGAAGAGUCUCAUUACAAUCGAGUUUCAAGCAACAGCUGCCUCCAGCAGAUUCGAUUACAGUAGUCCCGUCGUUGCGUACACGAAUGAGUGUGUCCGGAGUGUUUAAGCGAAUUUUGCAUCUCUUAUCUGGGCUGCGUAACAGUGUGACGAUAACAGCAGUUAAAAUAGAAUAGGCUUACUGGACGAGUCGCAGUCGUUUUACUGAGGUAAAAGACUGAGGUUCGAUGACUUCUCGACUGGAAAUCUCUGAUAUUUGUCAACAACUAUUUGCUGCGAAGCUACAGAUCGAUUUCGCGAGUUUGACGGCUGGCGAGUCUUCCACCGCCCAGACAUUCUCAUCAGAGGUACGAAGAGGCGUCGAAAUGGGAACGACAAACGCACAAGCAGACCCGAAUCACGCGAGGAAUGAGACGAAGGGUUGUAGCACAAUCGACACGUUCUUCGCCGAGACGGUGAUCCUUGUGACCGGCGCUACCGGCUUCCUGGGUAAAGCUCUGCUCGAGAAAUUGCUACGCUCGUGUCCUCGCGUUGCCACGAUCUACCUCCUUAUUCGCUCGAAGAAGGGCCAGUGCGUCGAGGAACGCUGCAAAGAACUGCUAAAAAAUCCCGUCUUCGAUAGAAUUCGAUUGGAAUCCCCUAGUGUCUUGAACAAGAUCGUUCCUGUGAAGGGGGAUGUGGGUAUGCCGGAGUUGGGCCUCCAGUCUGAAGACAAGGAUAUACUAAUACAAAGAGUCAACAUUGUGUUCCACGGCGCGGCUACAGUCCGCUUUGACGAGCCGCUCAAGGUGGCUGUUAAUUUGAACACGAAGGGCACGGAACGUAUACUGGAUCUUUGCAGAUACAUGAAAAAUCUCAUCAGCGUCAUUCACGUCAGCACGGCUUACAGUAACGCGGACCGACGGGAAAUCAACGAAAUAAUAUACAGCACGAAGGUAAAGCCGCACACGGUGAUCGACAUGUGCGACAAUCUCGACGACGAGAUGAUAAAUAUAAUAGAGAAAAAGCUGGUUGGCAAACAUCCGAACACCUACACGCUGACAAAGGGCUUAGCGGAACAAAUUGUGCUGAGUAAAGGGACCGAUUUGCCGAUCGCGAUUGUACGACCAAGCAUCGUGUGCGCCGCUUAUCAGGAACCAUUUCCAGGCUGGAUAGAUAAUGCAUGCGGUAUUACAGGUAUAAUGACGGAGAUGGGCAGAGGUACCGUGAGAACUAUCAUUUGUGAUGAAAAUCUGGUGGUAGACGUAGUACCUGUCGAUUACGUCAUCGAUACACUGAUUUGCGCGUCUUGGCACAACGCCACUAAACGCACCAACGUGAUAAAAGUUUACAAUUGUACCAGUAGUACGAUGAAUCCCAUCAGUUGGCGCGAGUACGGAAUACUACUGAAGAAGCACGCGAUACAGAAUCCGUCAAAAUACGUGAUGUGGUAUCCUGGUUUUACGUUUAGGACAAAUAAAUUUCUUCACUCUAUUAUAGCAGCCACGUUGCAUGUAAUACCCGCAUUCGUCCUGGACCUUUUAAUAAGGGUUAAAGGUGGCAAACCGAUAAUGAUGAAGAUUGUCAAACGAUUCGAACGCGCGGCUCAAACGGGAGAGUUCUUCGCGACGAACGAGUGGAAAUUUUACUCUGACAACAUGAUAGAGCUGAUAAAAUUCGUGACAGCGUCGGAGAAUUGCAGCGACUUUAACUUGGAUUUCCGAAAUCUGGACUGGGACAAGUAUCUGCGUCAGUAUAUGUUAGGAAUUCGGAAGCAUAUUUUGAGGGACGACCUGGACACGUUGAAUAAGGCGCGAAAUCGUUUGUCAAAGCUGUACUGGAUACACAAAUUAACCCAGAUACUCAAUGUACUCGCGUUAGUAUGGAUGGUCAGGUCUGCCUUCCGGUGAUAUCAUCGAGAAGUUUUCGUACGUUCGCAAAUCGCGAUUCGUGCGACACAACGUAUGCCGCAAAAAUGUCGCAAGGACAAAUACGUGAUUUAUACAUGGAUGAAAAUAACUUACGCGCAAGAAAAGAACGCAAAUUGUCACAUUUAGUUCUUGGGAUUGAUUGUCGUCGGACACAAAAUCGCACGUGAAAAAGAAAAAUUAAGAUUUAAGAAAGAAGCGAAGAUUAAAACAGAUUUUUUUCUAUUGCUCUUAACAGUCAGGAUUCUAUUUGCACGUUUAAAUCGGAGAACGCGAGAGAGAAAAAAUGGAGAGAAGAAGAGUUCUCUUAAAAUGCAGUAAAAUCCGUCACGUUGGUUUUUUUGUAUCUUUUAAAAUUUAUACACUGUGUAAAAGUUUUUCGGGAAUACAUACAUAUAGAUUCACUCUACUGAAAGGUACUCUCGUUGAAAUCGAGAUUAUUGUGGAUUACGACCUCGUACUCUGCAUCUCACGAUAUUAAAAUACCAAGCAGGUCUUUCGAACACUUGUUGGACCAACUAUUAUACACGAAUAUUACGUCCCUACCAAUUACCCAGAUAGAAAAAUGUGUUCAUUCUGAGCUCAUAUUGUAUUCAUGUAUCUUCAAGACAUGAAGACAAGAAUAGACACCGAUGCGGGCUCAUAUGCGCCUCAGAAUGUAGACAUGUUAUGAUGUCACAAA